AUGAGCGGUUUCAAAGGCAUUAUGAAGGAUGGAUGGCACCCAAAAGGCCGGGAGGGGAGAAAAGAGAGCUGGCGGAACGAUUUCAAGGGCGUCAACCAGGUGGCAGGAUGGAUGGGUAAAGGAAAAGACCCUAAGGAUGAGGAUAGGGAAAAUCACGUUUCCCGGCCGCUCUCAUCGCUCAAAGACCCAUCUUCCUUCGGUCCUCCGCCUAAGCAUAUUAAAUACCACGGCGCUGCUGCACUCCCAAACGAAACCACGCCGGAUCGCAGCGGAUCGGGUGCGCCCUUGAGCCGGGAACAGAUCAAUAACUCGUAUACCCGAAAACAGCAGGAAGAGGAGGAGGAACGGAGAAAGGCGGAGGAAGCUGCGAAACGGCCUCCAGUGCCAUAUCGCGCAAACCGAACAGGAAUCGAUCCGAGCACUCUUCCACCACCACCCGUCCGGCGGACUGGUUCAGUCGCAGAAUCAGCGCCGGCUUCUGCAGGCCCUAGGCCGGUACCAAGUGUUCCGCCCCGUGUACCACCCCGGACAAACACCAUCACACCAGCCUCCCAUACGCCUUCCCCUCCCGCGUACACCCCCAAUCCCGAAAGUGCAGAACAGUCUAGGGCCGCAGAUGACUACUUGAAUCAAGCCGCAACCUCGCGUCUUGGGCAGGCCGGGGUAUCUGUUCCGGCGCUUGGCAUUAGUGGCCGGCCUUCAAACCCGACCUCGCCGGCACCGAGUUACAGUCAAGCUCCGGUCAACGAGCUUCAGAGCCGAUUCUCCCAGAUGAGGACGAAUUCUGCGUCCUCCCCGUCGCCUGCGCCAUCUCCGCCAGUGCAGCAGACGCAAUCGCCCGUCAAUUCUGCUUCAAACUUUUCAGGAGCCAGAUCGGCGUUUAGCGAUUUCCGGUCCAAACAUAGUGAUCAGAUUGAAUCCGGAAAACAAAAACUCAAUGGGCUCAAUCAGAAGUACGGGAUUACUGAACGGAUCAAUAACACUCUGGACAGCAAGUCAGGCAACACAGGACAGGCUCCUCCCAUCCCGCCGCACCCGAACUUGAGUCGUUCGACCACCAUGUCCAGCUCGGAUACCGCGUCGCUAGCUCAGAGGAAGGCGCCUCCUCCCCCUCCGCCUCAAAAGAAGGCCGCGCUACGGUCAGCGCCCGUCAAUACUGGAUCACCUGCGCCGCCUCCACUUCCGCUCGGUACGAAACCCCGCUGAAACCUGAGCAGGCGUCUAGUCUUAGUAUCCACUGUAGAUUUACUUGUUAUAACUAGCGUUCUAGCAUAUUCUC